UUAAAGCACGGGCUGCGAUGCCAGGAGCGCCCAGUCGGAUGCCGGGUCCAGGAUCCCGCUGGAGCGCUUCCAGGACUCUGCACCUGGUCACUUUCCUGCACUCCCACCUUGCGGGGCGCGCCGCUCAGCGGCUGUCUGGACGCAGCAGGUCUGCUAUUUUCAUUAGCAAUUGCCAUUUAGAGGAACAUUAUAUUUUCCAGUUCAAGUUGGAGGCACAGUAACGUCAAGAAUGGAUUUAAAAAAAUACGCAACGUUUUUAGAGGAAAUGUCACAGUUAAUUCUGAGUCAAAUGCCAAGAGCUGAAUAUUCCAGUUUAUUCAAUGACUUUGUUGAAUCUGAGUUUUUCCUGAUUGAUGGAGACUCAUUACUCAUCACAUUUAUAUGUGAACAGUCAUUAAAGAAAGGGCAGAAUCUCCACUUCUUCUAUCUGGUUGAACACUACCUUUUGGAUCUCACUAGUAAAGGAGGACAAUUUUCCAUAGUUUUUUUCAAGGAUGCUGAGUAUGCGUACUUCAACUUCCCUGAACUUCUUCCUCUGAGAACUGCCCUAAUCCUUCAUCUUCAGAAUAACACCACCAUUGACGUUCGAACUGAAUUUUCUGGAUGCUUAUCAGAUGAGUGGCAAGUUUUUUUGGAAGAGAGUUACCCGUAUUUCCUGAUAGUUGCAGAUGAAGGCCUGAACCAUCUACAAACACAUCUUUUCAAUUUCUUAAUCAUUCAGACUUGGUCAUUGAAAGUCAAUGUUGUGCUUUUCUCAGGGCAAGAAUCUUAUAUUCUUCGACUUUAUGCCUACCUUAUGCUAAGCUUGUCUAAACUACGGGAAUUUUUCAAGCAGAAUGUAAAGACGAUCAAGAGUGCUUAUGAAAUCCUGCUUAAACAAUGGGAAGAGUGCAGAGAUGUAGAAUUAGCAACAGUUUUUGGAGAUUUAAAAUGGGAAAAUAUGAUGGAAGAGGCAUGUGAGACUGCUUUUCUGCUUCAGCAAAUCUGGCCGGAAGGAGCUGACAUCCGGCAUGUCCUUUGUGUGACUUCCUGCGCGCUGACUUUGGAUCUGCACCAUCGUCGUUUAGAAAACAGAAGGAAGAGCACAUCUGGUCAGAAAACUGACACCCAAGAGGUGGAAGGUCACUGUUUAAGCCUGCAAGAGACAGAAGAUUUGUGCAAACUGUAUUGUCUCAGUGUGGUGUUUCUUCUCCACUUACCUCUUUCUCAAAGAGCUAGUGCUAGAUUCAUCACCUCCCCUUGGAUUCAGGAAAUUCAGACUUUCUUAAAAAUGAAAAGUUGGUGUGAAUACUUCAUCCUAAGUAACAUAAGCAUUUUUGAAUCUUGGAAUCUGGAUUUAAUUCACCUUUCUGACUUAAGUGAUGAGGCUUUGCUGAAGAACAUUGUUUUUUAUUAUGAAAAUGAAAAUGUACAAGGCCUGCAUUUGGAUUUGGGAGAAGGCAUCGCGAAGGAUUACGAACAUCUCUGGAAUGCAGUAUCGAAGUUGGUCAACGACUUUGAUGUUGGAAAGCCUUUUCCUCUGAGGACAACAAAACUUUGUUUUCUUAGGGAGACUCCAUCACCAAUCAAAGAUGGCUCUGAGGAAAAGAUGACUAGUUUGGGUUUUAUUCCGAUGUCAUCUGAUGUGGUUGAUAAGUUCGCUGGGGACAUUUUGAAAGAUUUUCCUUUCCUGAAAAGCGAUGAUCCUGUUGUCACUUCACUGGUUAAACAAAAGGCAUUUGAUGAACUGGUGCAUUGGCAUUCUCACAAGCCCCUCAGCGAUGAAUAUGACAGGACAAAGGGCCAGUUUGACGAAAAAUCUAGAGACCCACGUGUACUAAGAUCUGUGCAAAAAUAUCAUGUUUUUCAACGGUUUUAUGGAAAUUCAUUAGAAUCUGUCUCUUCAAAACUCAUUGUAACUGAAGCUACUAAGCCAAAAAAGAGUUUUGGUGAACCCAAGAACAAAAAGGCACAUGAGACCAAAGCUGAAAUAAUUACCAGAGAGAAUAAGAAGAGGUUAUUUGCCAAGGAAGAACAGAAAGAAGAACAAAAAUGGAAUGCUCUGUCAUUCUCUAUUGAAGAGGAAAUGAAAGAGAACCUAAUCUCUGGAAUAAAGAACCUCGAAGAUUUUUUGAAAUCAUGUAAAAGUAACUCGGUGAAAUUUCGAGUUGAAAUCGCAGGGCUGACUGCCUGCUUCACAGCGUGGAAAGAGCAUUGCCGAGGUGAAGGAAAAACCACGAAAGACUUAAGUAUAGCUGUUCAAAUGAUGAAAAGGAUCCACUCCUUGAUGGAAAAAUAUCCAGAACUUUUGCAAGAACCAGAUCAGCAACUCAUAGCCAGAUGUCUUCACUAUUUAGGAUUUCAUGAGUUGGCCAGUUCUUUAUGUCCAACCCAGGAUAUAAGAGAUGAAACAAAGGCGAAAAUGAUUAAGUAUUCAGUUGGCCUUGGACCAGCACGGUUUCAACUGCAGUACAUGGGGCAUUAUUUGAUCCGGGAGGAGAGAAAAGACCCAGACCCCAGGGUCCAGGAUUUUAUUCCUGACACAUGGCAGCGAGAGCUCCUGGAUGUAGUGGACAACCAUGAGUCAGCAGUGAUCGUGGCCCCGACGUCCUCGGGCAAAACCUACGCCUCCUACUACUGCAUGGAGAAAGUGUUGAAGGAGAGCAAUGAAGGGGUGGUCGUGUACGUGGCACCAACAAAGGCCCUUGUUAAUCAAGUAGCAGCAACUGUUCAGAAUCGUUAUGCUAAAAUUCUGCCAAAUGGGGAGGCUCUGUGUGGUGUUUUUACAAGGGAUUAUCGUCAUGAUGCCCUGAACUGUCAGGUACUUAUUACGGUGCCUGCCUGCUUUGAAAUUCUGCUGCUGGCUCCUCAUCGUCAACAAUGGGUGAAAAAGAUCCGAUAUGUUAUAUUUGAUGAGGUCCAUUGUCUUGGUGGAGAAAUUGGAGCAGAAAUCUGGGAGCAUCUCCUUGUCAUGAUCAGAUGUCCUUUUCUGGCCCUUUCUGCUACCAUAAGUAACCCUGAACAUCUCACUGUGUGGCUGCAGUCAGUGAAACAGUAUUGGAGACAAGAAGAUGCUUUAAUAGAAAAAAAAAUUGCUUCUAAAAAGAAUCAUGCCAGUCGUACCAAUUUCCCCAAAUAUUACUUUCGAAUAAGACAGUCGUAUAAAGUUAGACUUGUGCUCUAUGGAGAGAGAUACAAUGAUUUAGAGAAGUAUAUAUGCUCAGUAAAUGGCGAUGACGUCUACUUUGAACAUUUUCACCCAUGUGCUGCACUAACAACCGAUCAUAUCGAACGCUACGGAUUCCCGUCUGAUCUUUCCCUUUCACCUCGAGAGAGCGUCCAGCUUUAUGACACCAUGUUUCAAAUCUGGGACAGUUGGCCCCAGGCACAGGAACUAUGUCCAGAGAACUUCAUUCAUUUUAAGAAUAAAAUAGUCAUUAAGAAGUUGGAUGCUAGAAAAUAUGAAGAGAGCUUAAAGGCAGAGUUAAGGAACUGGAUUACAGAUGGCCACGUACAGCAGGCCAAAAUGGUACUGAAACAUCUUAGUCCUGAUUCGGAUGUUAGUACAGGAGACAUGGCAAGAACGUUCCCACUUCUUGUGGAGAAGCUAAGGGAAAUGGAGAAGUUGCCAGCACUGUUUUUCAUAUUCAGCUUAGAAGCUGUGGAAAACAGAGCUAAAAGUGUGAGCAAAUUCCUGGAGGAUAAACAGGAGAAAAGACGACCUCCCAAAGCUGAUAAGGAAGCCCAUGACAUGGCUAAUAAACUUCGAAAAGUAAAAAAAUCCAUAGAGAAACAGAAGAUGCUAGAUGAAAAAGGUCAGAAGAACAGAACUACAGACCAAAGCCUAAUACAUGAAGCUGAACAUGACAAUCUCCUGAAGAGUCUGGAGAAGAACCUGGAGACCCCCCAGGACUGCACAUACGCUGAUCGAAAAGUGAUAGACGCUGAGACUUUGCAGAUGGUGUUUGACCGAGUAAAAUUUCAAAGAAAAGGCCGCGAACUGAAAGAUUUGGCAGAAAGAGGUGUUGGAUAUCAUCACAGCUCCAUGGGCGCCAAAGAAAAACAGUUAGUUGAAAUUCUCUUUAGGAAAGGAUUUAUUAGGGUGGUGACAGCUACUGGAACACUUGCUUUGGGAAUCAACAUGCCUUGUAAAUCUGUGGUUUUUGCUCAAAACUCCAUCUAUCUGGAUGCUUUAAAUUACAGACAGAUGUCUGGUCGGGCUGGAAGACGAGGCCAGGACCAUCUAGGAGAUGUGUAUUUCUUUAAUAUUCCAUUGCCCAAAAUAGAAAAACUCAUAAAAUCCAAAGUUCCUGAACUGAGAGGACAGUUCCCUUUCAGCAUCACUUUGAUCCUGCGACUCAUGCUGUUGGUUUCCCGGGGAGAUGACCCAGAGGACGCCAAGGCCAAGGUGCUGUCUGUGCUCAAACAUUCACUGCUGUCCUUCAAACAACCCAGAGUCAUGGAGAUGCUAAAACUUUACUUCUUGUUUUCUUUGCAAUUCCUGAUGAAAGAGUGCUAUAUAGAUCAAGAAGGUAACCCAAUGGGUUUUGCUGGACUUGUAUCGCAUUUGCAUUAUCAUGAGCCUUCUAAUCUCGUUUUUGUCUAUUUUCUUGUAAGAGGACUUUUCCAUAAUCUUUGCCAGCCUACCAGGAAAGGCUCAAAGCAUUUUUCCCAAGAUACUAUGGAAAAGUUAUUAUUGGUAUUGGCAAAUCUGUUUGGAAGAAGGUAUCUUCCAGCAAAGUUCCAAGAUACUACCUUAAAGUUUUAUCAGUCAAAGGUAUUCCUUGAUGAUCUUCCUGAAGAUUUCAGUGCUGCUUUAAAUGAGUAUAACAUGAAUGUUACAAAGGACUUUGCAUCUUUCCUACAAAUCGUUUCCAAAUUGGCUGAUAUGAAACAGGAAUAUGAACUUCCAUUAUCAAAAAUUGAAUUCACAGGUAAAGAAUGUGAAGGCUCUCAACUUGUGUCUCACUUGAUGAACUGCAAGGAAGCAAGAGUAGCUAUUUCGCCAUUUGCUUGUCUGUCUGGAAAUUUUGAUAGUGAUUUACUUCAACCAGAAAUUUCAAAUCAUCUUACUCUGCGCACAAUUGGUAUCAAUCACACUCAAGCUCCUGUGCUGUGGAUGCAGAAAUUUGAUAACCGAGGAAGAAGGAUUCCACUUGAUGCUUAUGCGCUUGAUUUCUACAAACAUGGUUCCUUGAUGGGAUUGGUCCAGGACAACAGGCUAAAUGCAGGAGCAGCUUAUACAUUAUUGAAAGAUUUUUCACUCACCAUUACAGCUAUCAGUGUUUCUUUACGUGAACUAUGUGAAAACGAAGAUGACAACGUUGUCUUAGCAUUUGAACAACUGAGCAAAACCUUUUCUGAAAAAUUUAAUAAAGUCUAAAGACAGAGUCUGUGUAAGCCGCUUAAAAUAUUGCCAUGGGCAUUUCACAAAUCAUUUUUGAUUCUUAGGUUUUUAGAGCAAGUACUCAGUAACCAAACAAUUGCUAGCAAAUAUGGCACAUUCUAUAAUGAGUACUUCUGGAUAGAUUAUUCAGUAUUGUCUAAAUAUGAUAAGAGUCGGUGAACUCAAAAGGCUUCCAUAGCUUUGGCAACUCAUGACUGGAGCCUAAGGAGAUUACUGAUGCCAUAAACAAGAGUGUCAAUUCGUUAAGUCAACAACAGGAGUCACUGUGCACUUACUCCUCAUGUAGGAUCUCUGUCCUUAAUGUGGUGUACAUUGUGAUUUAAUGCUAUAACUAGUACUCAAACAGCAUUUUUCACUUUGUGUUUCUAUGUGGGUGCAAACUGUUGAAAUCUUUACUUAAUAUAUACUAAACUGAUCUUCUGUAUAUAAAGAGAAUUGAAAAUGAAUCUUGAUGUGAAUGG